AUGGCCUCGCCUGCCGCAGACGACGUGUCGCCGACCCGCGAGCCCUCCAUCGCCACCCUGUCGGAGAAGAAUGAAGAGCAGGACAAGAAUUUGGACGAGCCAGGCCGGAAUUUGGACGACUGCCUGCCAUCGGCUGCCGCACCGCCGCCCACGCCCGCACCCGCACCCGACGUGCCACCCAACGGCGGCUAUGGAUGGGUGUGCUGCGCCGCCACCUUCUGGAUCAACGCCCACACCUGGGGUUUGAACAGCAGUUACGGCGUCUUCCUGGCCCAUUAUCUAUCCAACAAUGUCUUCCCAGGCGCAACCCGCCUCGACUUCGCCUUCGUCGGUGGCCUGUCCAUCUCGCAAGCUUUGUUCGUCUCGCCCCUCGCCACCAUGACCACUCGCCGUUUUGGGACUCGCGUGACGCUUCUUAUUGGAGUCUUCUUUGAGACGCUGUCCCUGAUUGGAGCAUCCUUUGCAAAAGAGAUAUGGCAGCUCUUCCUGAGCCAGGGCGUGUGUUUUGGCUGGGGAAUGGGCUUUCUCUUCGUAGGUUCUGUUGGGGUGACGCCGCAGUGGUUUACGACGCGGCGCAGCUUUGCCAACGGUAUUGCCGCCUCGGGCUCUGGACUGGGCGGCUUGAUGUACUCACUCGCGACCAAUGCCAUGAUACAGCGCAUCAGUCUGGGCUGGGCCUUCCGCAUCCUCGGCAUUUGUGCAUUCACCGUCAACACCGCCUGCGCCCUCCUCAUCAAGGACCGGAAUAAAAAGAUCGGCUCUUCCCAACUUGCCUUCGACUACCGCCUCUUCCGCAGGCCCGAGUUUCUGUUGCUCUUGGGCUUUGGUUUUCUCAGCAUGCUAGGCUACAUUGUGCUGCUAUUCUCGCUGCCUAAUUACGCCCAGGGCGGUAUCGGCUUGUCGGCACACCAGGGCUCUGUCAUCGGCGCCGUGCUCAACCUCGGUCAAGCGCUUGGCCGGCCGCCAAUCGGCUAUUUUAGUGACAAUGUCGGCCGAAUGAACAUGGCCUCCGUCAUGACCUUCAUGGCUGGCCUGUUCUCCCUCGUCAUCUGGAUCUUCGCAAAGAGCUAUGGCGUCAUGAUCUUCUUCGCCUUGAUCGUUGGCAUGGUUGCCGGAACUUAUUGGGCUGUCGUUGCCCCGGUCACGACUGAGGCUGUCGGUAUGGCCGACCUGCCGGCAGCUUUAUCCAUCACUUGGAUUGUCCUUGUGCUUCCUACAACCUUUUCUGAAGCUAUUGCCCUGCAAAUCACGGCGACCAAUCACGGUAAUUACCUUGGGGCUCAGAUAUUCACUGGGUUCAUGUACAUUGGAGCUGCGGGCUUCAUGUGGUUGCUAAGAGCAUGGAAAAUUGGUGAGAUGGAGCAGUUGGCUGCAGAAAAGAAUGAGUCUGAAGGCAGUGUCAAUCCGGUGUCCGAUCAUGCUGUUGGGGAAGUGGCGCACGAAAAUGACUCUGCUGUGAAGAGUCAUUUCCUGAAAAGAAUGGUAAUGCUGAAGAGGGUGUAG